GGUGUGCAGGCAAGCCACAAAGGGAGGAAGACCAGCAGCACGGUGCGGCGUGGUUCGCUCUUUGAAAGGUCAAAAGUGAGCUUAGCGUCCUGGAUGACCUUUAUAUACAGUUUCUCCCAGGGACUGCGUCUCCGGCAGAGCGACAUGGUGGAGGACCAGCUCGCCGGAAGUUCCCGGACACUCUCCAAGAUGGCCAAAGUUCUCAGAGGAAUUUGCAAGACUGUCAUGAAGAACUACAGAAGACGCCAGGGCCAAGUAGUGGGAGGUGGACAGGAGUUUGCCGUCAUAGAUGAGAGCUGUUUCCGUCAUAAACGCAAGUAUCACCGCGGAAGGGCGGCUGCUACAUGGCGAAGGAAAAAGUGGGUGUUUGGCAUCCUAGGAGUAGGUGGCCGGCGGAAUUGCCCCGUGUUGCGGCUGGUGAGAAGACGACGACGGGAGAAUCUCAUUCCCAUCCUGGUCAAACAUGUGCGUCCAGGAACCACCGUCAUCAGUGACCAGUGGGGCGCCUACAGGCGUGCAUUGGCUGCGCUGGGCUACAGGCACUUUACGGUGAACCAUUCACAGUGGUUUGUGGAUCCAAACACACGGGCCCACACCCAGCACAUUGAGAGGGCAUGGCUGAAGUACAAGUCCACAAUUUGGAGACUGAGAGGAAACAGAACGGAGACACUCCUGAAGGACCACCUCUGCCUCAUUGAGUGGACUCACUGGCUCGGCAACGUGCAUCGCAAUGGCACCCUCGGAAGACUGCUGCGAGACAUUAGACACAUGCGCUCGCAAUAUUACAACAAUGCCCCUGUUUCCUGA